AGCUAACCGUUAAUAUCGGGAGUGAGGCAUAGAAAGAAUUGAGUAAAGAUAUAGAUAACGUGGAACAGAAAGGAAAAUGGCACUCUCACUGUGUUCCGGUGUUCGCGUUCCUUAUUGCUCUCCUUCGUGUUUUUGGAAACCAAAUGGUAAGAAUUGCGAAGCGCCUACUAAGUUGCCAUGUGCAGUUCACAGUAAGAAAAAUCCAUUGGUUGGAAUGGGUAUUGGGUUGGUAACAGCGUGGGUGAUGGGUUUAACGGCAUUGGACGCGGACGCCACAAGAAUCGAAUACUACGCUACCGUUGGAGAGCCUUUGUGUGAGUACAAGUAUGUGAAGUCUGGCCUCGGUUACUGUGAUAUUGUUGAGGGCUUCGGUGUAGAAGCUCCACUCGGUGAGCUUAUCAAUGUUCACUAUACUGCGAGAUUUGCCGAUGGAAUAGUGUUUGAUAGCAGCUACAAACGUGGUAGAUCUCUCACCAUGCGCAUUGGUGUUGGCAAGGUAAUCAAGGGACUGGAUCAGGGAAUUUUAGGGGGUGAAGGAGUACCUCCAAUGCGGAUAGGUGGGAAACGCAAACUGCAGAUUCCUCCACAGUUAGCAUAUGGCCCUGAACCUGCGGGGUGCUUCUCAGGUGACUGCAACAUACCCGCCAAUGCCACUCUUCUGUAUGAUGUUAAUUUUGUUGAGCUUUAUUCGGGGAACAGAUCAAAGUGAACGAACUCGAAACUGAUCAGAUACAUAUAUGCAUAUGAACCACACAUGGAUUGGGUAGAAGCAGACCUGCGGUAAAUGAAUUUAAUAUAUCUUCCUGUAGUAUAACGUGAAAACCUCUACUUAAAGCUAUUAUUGCUAAAGAGAUAAUGGUGAUAUUUACUGGUAUGCUUUCUUUUCUUCUCUGGGCUAGUUUAUCUAAAAUAGGUACAAUUCUAAUUUCUUAUUGUUUUUGGAGCAAUGAAAUAGAGGAGAAUGUGGAUCAACUUGUUUGGCAGAAUCUCCUUCCUGAUUCCAGCUACCAUAAAUUAUUGUUCCUGUUUAGUGGAGUGGUACAUAAUUGACCUGGAUAUCCCUUUUGAGUAUGAUGACCAGUUCUUCCUGGGAUACGUAUUAGAUAAUUCACGUGUA